GAAGAGGAAUGGAUAGCAGAACCUGAACCCGGGGUUCUUAUAACUCUAUCGACUCUCGCUAAUGGAUGCAAUCGUUUGAAAAAGAUUCGCUUCAGUGAGGAGUAUUUUGAUGCUUACGGAGCUCAAAGAUGGUGGGGUGAGAAUCACGAUAAAAUCAUGGAGUUGUACACCAUUCAUCAAGAGAACCAACCACAAGUACCAACUCAAUCUAAUGAGGAGGUAGGAGCUAAUAAUACAAAGGAAACCCACAACAAUUUUGACAGUUCAUCAAGGGGGUCUCAUGAGUCAAUUGAGACUUUUCAAAAGACAGAAGAGAACGUCUCUAGAAAUAGUUCUUCAUCAAGGGAAGGUUCAACUUCUAAUAAUGCAGAGAAUGAAUCAUCAGAGAAUAAAGUAAGGGAGUGGGUGGUUGAAGAUGAACCCGGCGUCUUCGUAACAAUCCGUAGCUUACCAAACGGCUCAAAGGAGCUAUUACGCGUUGAGCUAAGCCGGGAGAGAUUUGGGGAGGUGAAGGCACGAGUAUGGUGGGAAGAGAACAAGGCAAGGUUGCACAAGCAAUACUCCUAAAAGAAAUUAAAGAUAAUCAUCCCAUUUGAUGUUUUUUUCUUUUGUACUUUGUAGAUGUUACCAUCUUUAAUUUCUUUUUUUCCUUUUGUCCCUCUUUUGCAAAUAAAUUACCAAAUUCAUGCUGCCUGAUUUCUGGCGUUUUUGCCACCGCUGAUUGUUAAUUUCUUCCCAAAAGAAACUUGCUUAA